AUGCCAGCUCCCUCUCCUCCUUUGGGCUUUUCCUCUGGCUCGUUGUCCCCUGACCAACCGGCGAAAGUUCACACUGGGAGAUAUAUUCUCUCGGGUACUCUCGCUUGGUUCGACACCCCCCAGCGUCAGAGCCGUCUUCUAGACUGCUGCUCCUCACACACCAUGGAGCCCAAACAACCCUCUGCGGCGGCUGUCGAGUCGCCGAUGCGAUCGGCGCGCCGCAACAGGCUUCUCCGCGACAUUGCAGAGAUGCAGCAGAGACCGUAUCCGCGGAUCCAGCUGACGCCCGUGGACCUCGAGCGGGCCUGUCUCGUCCUCACGACCGAGGCCUACCCGCCGCUGCACCUCACCAUCUUCUUCGGCCCCGAGUACCCGCUGCAGCCGCCGCACAUCACGAUCCAGAGCAAGAUCCGCCAUCCCAACAUCUAUGGCAAUUACAUCUGCGCCUCGAUCCUCAACACGGCCGAGGGGUACACGCCGGCGUACACGCUCAAGGGCAUCUGCAUCCAGAUGCUGAGCUUCUUCAACAGCGACAGCGUUGAGCAAACCUACAGCGGCCACCGCAUCAGCUUGUCCGAGUACAAAGAGUAUGGGCGGCAAAGGGAGGGCGGCUGUGCCGCGCUCAAGUGCUCUAGCUGCGGCUUCGGCUCUCUCGACAAGGACAAGGACCUGAGUGCGCUGUCCAGCAGCAGCCACAAUAAAGGAAGAGAGGAAAGCAACAGCCUCGCAGCCAUUUCGCGAAAGGCCUCUGAAAAUGGGACCCAGAAGCGCGCUGUCCUAGAGGCGUUUAUUGACAGCCUCCCCGACGAGAUUCUCCUCGAAAUGCUGGAAAAUGUCGAUUUCGAGGACCUCGUCGCGUUUGCUCAGGCCUGGCCGCGCGUGCGUCGGAUCCUCAGGGACUACGACUUGAUUCGCAGUCGCGAGUUGCACUGCUUCACCCUCAAGGAGAGCUACAAACAAGCUAAGCUCGGCAUCGGUAUCGCCUUUACCCCGGCCGGACUGGCGCCGCGCAUCGACUCCGAGUUUGACCUCAUCUCCCACGAAGCCUAUCAGAAUCUCCGGGUGCGCAAGUCAGUGCACGGCAUCCCUUACCAGUUCUGGCUGCCGCUGCCGCUAUCCCACCGGCACUGGUCCCAAGUUCGGGGUGACGCGGGCGUGACGCUUCGCCUAAUCGCUCAGCGCAUCACGAAGUCCGGCGGCGGCGGCCGCCGUAGCAGCCCGCGACUGAGCACCGCGGGAGCUCUCUUUUCAUUCAUGAAUGACAUCGUGGUCCGCCUGAAUCUCGACCUGGAAAGGCAGCAGGGUUCAUCUGGCCGCCGCCGACGACGCCCACGCUACCCUGGCGAAGAAUACGAGUCGGAGGAGGAUGACAGUCUCGAUAGGAGGAGCACUCUACGGCAUGCGUCAGAAAAGGCGAUUGAGUCGUACUUCCACCUAUUUCACCUGCUUCUGUGUCUUGCCACGGGGCCCAAUGGUAAGGACAUUGUGGCCGAGGCGAAUAAAAUGAUUCGCUCCUUUCUGGGCGGCCGGCGUGGGAAGCAGGACGUGCCGAAUCUCGGACACCUCCUCACCGCCAUGCACAUUAGUGACGUAGAAGUCACCGAUGAGCUUCGCAAGGCCAUCAUCACCGAGGCCAUUACACGCAACGUCGUGUGGCUCCUGGACGGCCGCGGCGCAGGCAUGGCCGAGCUGGGCUAUCUGGAAGCCGACGCCGUGUCGCACCAUCGCCUCAAGAGGACGUUUGAGGGCAGCCGGACAUCGUACCGCCUGCUCAUGUUCUCCGAGCUCUUCCGGCGCGUCGCCCGUCCGCACAUGGGGGCCGCGGGAGGGGCCGCAAAGCCGUCGCUGGCCCAGAUCCGCGACGGGCUCUUUGCGCGCCACGGCGCACCCCCGGCAGGCGCCGCGGCCUACCUCGCCGCAGAGGUGCGCCGUCUCCAGCAGAUUGACGCGUUCCCGCCGUUCCUCGCCGAGAUGGGCGUCAAGGCGAUGCCCAGCGCGCGGAACUUCACGACGCUGCUGCGCGACACGGUCAAGGCCAGCGCGGAGCGCGGGUACAGCCGCACCGUGCCGGCGCACAGCCUGCUGAGCCUGCGAAUGCACCGCGACGAGGACAUGGAUCGGGAGGCGGCCAUUGAAAAGAUUUGGGGUGGCGGGUCAAAGUGGCAGUACAGUGUGCAUUUGGCGGAACAGACGGCGAAGGACGUGAGGAAUAGAAAGUUGAUGUUUUUCCCGGAGCGCAAGCCUCGAUAA